AUGGGGGUAACUGUUGAUACCUACAAGCCUGGGGAUGGGAAACGUAUUCCUAAGAAAGGUCAAAGAGUCGUUGUACACUACACUGGUACCCUCAUGGAUGGGAAAAAGUUUGACAGCUCCCGUGAUAGAAAUAAACCAUUCGAAUUUGUAAUCGGGACGGGGAAAGUAAUUCGAGGCUGGGAUGAAGGUGUAAUUCAAAUGAGUGUGGGAGAGCGUGCCUACCUAACUUGUACACCAGAUUACGCAUAUGGUUCUAAGGGAGUCGACAAAGUUAUCCCUCCAAAUGCUACACUUAAAUUUGAUGUGGAAUUACUCGAUAUUUUAUAA